AUGGUGCCUACCCACGGUCGCCCCUUUUCUAUUUCUAUAUUUUCCUCGCUCCCCUACCUCCGUCGAUCGCGAGUGCUUUACCGCCGCUUACCUCUUACCUUAGCUAAUCCUCUUCUCUUCAUCGUGCUUCCUUCUUCUAUCGUUUCUAUUUACCUAGUCCUAAGCGCAUUAUCCGAGAACCAAUCGCCAAGUAAUCUUCGGGGGCUACUAGCCGCUUCGCCAUUUUGCGGUCUUAUACGUUCUCGACGCCGGCAGAACAAAAAAAUAGAAAGCGAGUCUAGCGAGGAUAGCAUAGGUAUCACUACUCCUAGCGACUCACUACAGGAUAAUACUGCGUUUAAGACAGAUCUCACGGACUUAGAGGACGUGCCUAACGCACGAAAACAUAAGGACCCUACUCUAGAGCUAGAUAUCUCUCGUGGUGUUAGAAGAUUAUACAAUAACCCGCUGGACGAAGGCGGAGUUGAUCUUUCGGAGAUCCCUAGGGAUUUCGAUAAAGCGCUAGGUACUAUACUAGCUAAGUGCGGAGUAGGCCGACUAAGCAAAAAUGGCGUGAGGUCGAGGAAGCGCUACGCUAGGCAUCUAACAAUAAUAUAUACCGGUUUCUACGCUAGUGUCUACUUCUUAAGCAAGGCGAAGACAAAAAACCUUCGUAUUUACUAUCAGAAGCUUAUAAAUAUUAUAAUCGACGAUAAAGAUAGCUUAGAAAUACGAAAGGGUAUGAAAUGGCUAGUUAAAGAGUUUAAUUUAGACACGCAGCCCAGAAAAAAGACGCUAGUUUAUAUUAAGGAUAUUGGCCCGUUUAAUAAAACAAUUUUAGCGACUACACCAGAAAAGCGCUAUAUUAAGUCUAUAAAGGAUCCUCGUGGGGGCCUAUCUAUCCCUAUAAUCGAGCUUACUCCUAAGGGGACCAAAAAAUUCCUUAGUCUAACCAAACUAUACGGCGAGCCCAAUUCCUAUCUUCCUCCCCUAAUUUCCAAUAAUUUCGGGACACGUAAUCAUUUACAGGCCAUCUCUAGUGAUAUGCCCGCACACGUUACUUUUCGGCAUCUUAUUUCACGCGCGAGUAUUCCGAAAUCAAGGGCUGACUUCGAAGACAUAGCUACGGAAGCUUUUCAUCAGCAAAAGCUAUAA